CGGAAGUGAGUCACGUGGUCGCCAUGGGAAGCAAGAUGGCGGCGGCCAGCAGGGUCGUUCAGGUAGUAAAGCCACACAUUCCGGCAAUUCGAUUUCCUGAUAGAAAGAACAGUCCUAGACCCAAUGUCCAAGAAGCCUUAAAGUCAUUGACUUUUCCCUUCACUAUGCCAUCCAUAACGCCAAAUAUUGCUGCAAGUGGGAACCCGCCGGGCGCUCAAACGGUCUCAUCCGUCCGCAAAGCACAAACCACGCCAGACACAAGUGAACUACUGAAAUCUCUACCCCAAAAAUAUCGAAGAAAAUCUCUGUCCGGCGAGGAAAUGGAAUAUAUCCAGCGUGGAGGACCUGAAUGAGGAAUGACACCAGCCAGCAUUACCACCAGCAUACAACUGCUGUGUUACUAAGAUAUCUUGGAUCCGUGUAAUUAUAUAAAACUUGUAAAACCGUAGCUUUAAUAAAGGCAGUGAUUUCCUCACUCGUGGUGGGAACGCAUCCUCUGUAAGAAGCCACUGUAGAAACAUGUAUUACCUUUUGUAUGAUCUUAAUUCUAUUAAACUGUAUUAUUUAUAAUAA